AGCUGUUAUAUUAAUAUUUUGCAAGCGCCCACAAUGUUUAUACAAUUUCAGUGAAUUAUAUUAAAUGCUUAAAUAUACAGAAGCUACAUAAAAUAUGUUGCGAAAUUUGAUACGCAGUUUUGAGAGCGCUCUCAAACUGCAUCUCUACUCAAAAGCGCCUACAACAUCAUCCGUACUAGCAACGAGACCACGUCGCGCGCUGUUUACACAAUUCGAAGAACAUGCGAAUAAUUCGGUUUCGAAUAAGCUGUCACUGUCAUCUGCACGGAUUAGCAGUCACGCCACAUCCCUGGGACACGAGACGGACAACGACUAUGUGCCAUAUCGAGCGAACCUGGAAACCGGCAGUCGUAUAAGCGUUUUAAUUGAUGCGUUACGCGAACGCUUCCGUCUCACAGAAGACGAAGUACAGCGUAUUGUGAGUGAUGAACAAGUGCAACGCUUCUAUCGCAAUCGAUGCCUUGUUCAAACACUGGAUACCCUGAUACUGGAGGGCAUUACCAAACAUAGCUUUGUGGAGUAUCCCUGGCUCUUAGCAUUAGACCAGAAACGCUUGGGGUUCAAACUGGAUGUAAUUAAAACAAUGAAAAUGGACGACAUUAAUCACUUUGUGCCAUUUCUGCGGCUAACGGUCCCACGCCUUCGUAAACUGGUAACCGCCUUAAAUGCCGAAACUGGCGACUAUUCCCAGAAGAAUCGCGUCUACUACAUAAGCGAUAAGUUAGGCGUACGUCCAGAGAUUGUCACCAAGUAUUUGUGCAAACGUUUGUUCAUAUUGGAAAUGCCAUAUGACAUGUUUGAGAAGAACCUGCAGCAUAUGAUUCACUACAAUGUGUCGCCCAUUAAUAUACUGAAGGAUCUGUGGGCCUUUCGCUAUACACCCAAAUCUGUUGAGCUGCGUCUGGAACGCGCCAAGCGUGCAAAAAAGGACAAAAUUAUGCCCUGGAUGGUUCGUUGCCCAGAGCCCAUUUUGCAACGGUCUUUGAAACUUUCGCUGGAUGAGCUGCAGGUGUUGGGUAAAUUCUCCUCAGUUGUAGAAUAUCUGGCGCAUCGACUGGAGUUCAAUGUAAACGAAGCCAAAGCCAUUAUGGACAGACAUCCGCAAGUGCACACAGUUCGUGUUACAAAGAUCAAGGAGGUGCUGGAUUAUUUGCUAAAUGAGGCGAAAUUCACCCGCUUUGAAAUUGCUCAAGUGCCGCGUAUUUUAUGUCACAGUCUAAAGACAACAAAGGAGCGCCUCAACGAAUUGGCAUCGUUCGGCUGUCGACCUUCCUCCUUGGUUAUAGUGUGUCGUAGUAGGCGUGAAUAUAAUAAAUUCCUAGAACAAUGGACCAGCCACUCAAAGCAUACAAAUGCAGAGUAAACUAAUAUUUAUCAAUGACUGAUUCCU